CUGAAAGUAAUUGUGUUAUUAUUAAACAAUAACUUAGCUUUUUGAUAUUCCUUUAUCUCUUGAAGCAAGUGUAAAUAGUUGUACAGUAUGUAGACUUAAAGCGUGCUUUGAAUGGCACUCUUUAGUUAAGCACGCAAAGACAAACAACAGAGACAACACUACAAAAGUUGAAGAUGUAUAUUUCAUGAAACAAUGUUUUAGGGCUAAUGUAGAACCGAGACACUCAUUGGACCAACGCAUGGACAAAGAAGACGGCGACAACGAAAGUAAUAGUGGACAAGACGAGACUACUGACCAACCGAAUGACAGACCCAGCGAUGAUCCUUGCUACAUACACAUGUGUACAACGUCUGCCCAGAUACUACAGAUGCUCUCACAUAUAGGUACGUCCACACCUGUGCAGGUGAUUGAAAUAGAGAGCCUGAGUGAGGAGUGCGAGUCCAGUCCUUCUUCGUCUCCGUCCUCGGUCAGCUCAUCAACUCCAACCUCGAUAUCAGACGAAGCUAAUUACGUCAUAUGGGCGGAACCUAUUAUGACCUGUCGGCUAGUGCCGGCCAAAAACAACUGCACGAGCGAAGUUCGAAGAUUGCCACCUGGCCAUAGAAAUGUGGCUAGCACAACGCACUCUGCAUCAACUACUACUGGAGAGCCCAGGAAUACACUGCCCGGUACAUGCUUUCAUACUGAAGGAACAAUUACUGUUAAGAAAAGGAGUCCAAACGCUGGCACCUCGACUGCGAUAUUCUCUGAAGCCUUAAAGAAAAUGUCGAAAGCCGCAGACACUAUCAGACAAGCCAAGAACGUACUAUCUGCAUUGACUGUCAACAACAACAAUGAUCUUAAUUCAGUGGCAGAGGAUGACAAUCAAAACGAAGGACAUUCAGCAAAAGACGCCACAUCGGAGCACGUGACUCGUACGGGUGAAAGUGUUUCUCUAAGCCAGAGAUCCCAAAGAGAGAAGGGUGAGUCAGAGAUGGAAAACAAAUUUCCGGAACCAAUUUUGGUCAAAUCUUGCACAGACUCUGAAAGAUCUAUAUCGGUCAAUACCGUAUCCAGGGAUAUGCACACUAUGACAAUGGGAGACUCAGGAAUGUCGACGUUAAACACCAUUGCUCACACGGCUUUUUCCCAGCCAAUAAACCAAAGGAACGAAAGGAACACUAGACUGCGGUCCACUGCACUUCCUUCAAGAGCGCCAUGGUCAUCAAACAUGUUCGACUCGGACUACCAGGCUGCUCGCAUUGUGCGCUAUCCUCGAAUAUUUGGCCCAGGAUACAGGCGCUUGGGGGAAACCACAGUGAACGAAGAUAACAGCCAGAAUAAUCCGAAGCAGUGUCCCGGAAAGGGGGAUAUGGUCCAGUCUCCGGAGUCUUCUAUCUCCCAGAAGUCAACACUUAAUGUUGGCAUUGGUUCUUGCGCACGCGAAAGUGAAAUCGAAAGGCGAUUAAACCUAAAGAGUAAUAUUCCCUCCGCGACCAAGUCCUGUUCAACGACCAUUCGAAACAAGAUCACAGUGGUCGACUUGAAAACGGCCUUGGACCUCGCUAUACGCAACCUAGAGAAGAAUGAGAAGUGGAAAAGUUAUAAAAAUAAUAUGCAUGCAGGAACGGAGGAUAAUUCAAAAGUUAUUCCCAAUUCGCUUAAUUCGUCUCCCCUGAGAGGACUUACCUUGACUUCUUCACAAAAUCAGCGCCAAGGAAGUAGUCGUAGCUUGACUCCAAGGGAAAAUUCUGCUUUUCAACCAGUCACGGCUACUAAUGAAAACCUGAAACCUAAAAAUGAAGACGCCCUUUCACCCAUGCGUUGCGUAGAAAUUAAUCCAAGUCUAUCAAGAACUAAUGAUUGGGACAAGUAUAUUAUCCCCAUUUCGGAUAUUCGAUCUAGCAUAUAUACGAACAAUGGCGAGACUGCUAAGGAAUCGCUACCACAACCAAUCUCAAAAUCGCCUUUAGUUUCUUCUAAGCAGAAAAAAGUUGAUUUUUUAAUUCCUUUGGCAAAAGAGAUUGGCUCUUCGUGUCCAAAUACCGACCAUUGGGAGUCCGAGAAAAGCUCCUUUAGGAACCAGAAAUCUCCCAUGGAAAAAAGUACCAUAGAUGAGCAAAGGGAAAUAAGCCAUACAGAUUGCAGCGAGAGUGACUCAGUCUUUAUAAAGCUAAAGACAUAUUUUAAGCCCAUAGGACAAUUGUCUGAGGACGAUGUCAACAGUUACCAAACUUAUACACGGAAAGACGCUGACUCGGACAGCUAUUCAGGCGGAACCCCUCUUGCUAUGCAAGAUGAGGAUAAUAUGUCUGAUAAAUUGGGCCGUGGACGCGAUACCUAUUUGUCUAAAUUAACUCCGUUAUUGGAAAACGGCGCCGCUGAUGAAGAUCAAAACGUGGCUACGGAUGAUGGUCACCUCGAAGGCAGUGAAAUACAUGAGCAUCGAAGAAAAGACAUACCGAUUGAUCUUCUAGCGCCCCCAGGGUUUCAUCCGCGCAACAAAACUGACGCCCUCGAUACAGAAAAUUGUGAUGGGGACGAAAGGCUGAAAGGAAGCUCACACUGUGUACCCCAACCUGAAGAGAGGACAAUAUUGACUGCUUCGCCAACGAAAAGGUCUCCGAGGGUUUCAUGUAGUCAUUUAUUUGAAACAAGUCCUGCCCUAUUUCUUGGAGAUACUAGCAUGUUAGACUCGAGCAAGGAAGCAAGUGUCACAUGCGAUAAGGUAUUGAAUAAGAUAGGUAAAGAGAGAAUCAAAGAAAAGAGACUCGGCGAGAUAACACCAAGGAUUAAUAAAGAUUGGAGUGAGGCAGAUGUUGCUGCUAAGGAAACAAACUUCUGGGACAUAGUCCAACCAAGCGUUGCCGCCAUGGAUGCUGAAUCUCAAGAAACCGAUGACGAUUCAGUGUCGGUAACUGUUAAGUCAGUUUCUGUGAGUAUUUCUACAGCUAACCUCUUACCAACAUUUGAGUUCCGUAGCAGGACCCGACGACCGCAUAGGAAAUAUUUUCACGAUAGGCACGUCUCGGAAUUUUUCCAUCCUUGGGAGAUUGAGCUGCUGAAUGAACCAUUUGUGAUCCAGUCUUCAGAGCUCCUCACACGUGACCAAAACGUGUUGAAAGAAGUAGUCAAAUGUGAGGUCAUCCAAGAGUCGGACGAGAUUGAGACUAUUGAGCUGGUCGAUGAAACUUUCAACCGCGCAGACGAUAAACCUAAGGCAAGAAUUUUUACUACCGAGUCUGGAAACCAGUUAAAAUCUAUCUUGACUAGAAAGCAACAAAAUUAUCAUAUUUCGGAUCCAAAAAUGAUCACUGUUUCUGACGCUGUUAGCUUCGCUUAUCACGAAACUUCAGAAGAGUGUGAGCCGGAGGUAUUGAAGAAAGUGAAAUUCGAUAUGGUGUCAUACGUCUCUCAGUCCAAUGACGGAACAUCUUUUGUAAAUCAGCCUGAGUCGCUUCAAGUUGAAUCCCAGAAAGAAGACGCUUCCGAAGACCAGAAAGCGAAAGCAAAACGAGAACCAAUCGGAGUUAGAAUCCGGAGAUUUUUCAGGUCCUGUCUAAGGUUAAGCAAAUGAUUUGAACCACAAAUUGAGGGACUUAACAAUACUUCUAGAAUACCUUUUACCAGUAAUUGAAAAUGCGAGUCAGCGUUUAUUUGAAAGGACUUAAAAUUACUUGUAAACUUAUGUUGGACUAAACUGAGAACACUGACAAAUAUAUACACAUAUUUAGAACAGUAUGUAUUGUUAGUUAAUUUUCUGAAUAUACAUUGUA